UGAUAACUAAAACAUAUAAAAAGCGUCUUAAUAUUUUGCUUGGCCUCUCACAUCUGAUAGGAAACGACUUUUACAACCAUGAAGUUCGCCAUCAUCAUCCUUGUGCUUCUGCCCCUUGCAUACUGCAACAUCCUCAGCCAGUUCUCCCACCUGUUUGAUGGCGCUGAGCUGAAGUCGAUUGUACAGAAGAUCUUUGACACGGUUGGUUCCGACGCCACCGAGGCUGCCUGUGAAUCAGAGUGCGUCGUCCUCGUCCACAAUAACGUCCUCUUGUCCAGCGGUUGCGACCUCGUUUGCAGAUCCUUCCAGUCCCUCGUCAGCCACUUCCACAUCGCCUAGAUCCGGGCACCGGUUCAAAAAUUGUUACACUAAUAAAACUGUAAAAAACUA